GGAGAGGGAGGAGGGUUCAGAGCAGAGAGAAAUCUGUCAGAUUCAAACAGACUCCUCUCUCCGUGUGUGUUUGUGUGUGACACAGAGAACGAGGGAUGGUGAGAGGAGAGGAGGAGAGCGGAGGAAGAGAUAGUGAGGGACAGAGGAAGAGCACAAAGUGAGGCCACUUCAUCUAUGGAUCAGUACUCACAUCUGAAACCGAAGGGAUUCCAUGAGCAGAUCGACCGGACUUGCAUCCCCGCAGAGAGCAGCCCAUCAACACUGAUGCCCCGCACGAAACUGUAGAGCAGCGAGGCCAAGGGGUCAGGGAGGGAAGGUCAAGGACGACAGACCCGAAGCAGGAACUGAGGUUGAAAGGUUUCAGGAAACAAUACUUAGAGGCUGCGAGAUCAACCAGGAAGGACAGUCUCAUUGACGGGCAAGAGUCAAGAGGUCAAAGAUGAUGACGUCACAUGUAAAGCUGAGGAGGGAGAAGGGAAGUCUGGCCGAGUACGAUUCGCAGAUGAAAGACCUGCGCACUCAGCUGACAGACCAGAUCAAGAUUUUGGACUCUCAGGUGGAUGUGAAACAGCAGCAGCUCUCAGACCUCUCAGAGUUUCUGCGGCGCCGAGGCGACAUCGAGACUGAAUACGCUCGCGCCCUCGACAAACUCACUGAGCGAUACACACACAAGACUAAGAAGAAGGAGCAGUGGGGUCAGUCUGUGUGUCAGGUCUGGUCUGUUCUGCUGACUCAGACUCGGUUGGAGAGCCGGGAACAUGCAGUGCUGGGUGACACCUGCUGCAACACACUCACACAGACACUGGCCCACAGUACGGAGGACACACACCGCCUGCACAAACGGAGCAAAGAAGUUGGUAUCCAGAUGCAGGAUGAGCUGCUGAAGGUCACCACUGAAAUGCAGAUGGCUCUGAAGACGUACAACCAGUACCACACAGACUGCCUGAUAGCUGAGGGGAAACUGAAGGAAGCCGAGCGGUUGGAGGAGAGACACACUGGAAAAUCAGCUGAGCUCGGCCUCGGCCAAUCAGGAGGCCAGAGGCGGAGCUCUGUCAAGAAAAUGGAGAGAUUGAUGGAGAAAAGGCAUGGCAGAGUGCAGGAGAAUCAGCUGAAGUGUACCAAGGCUCGUAAUGACUACCUGCUGAAUCUGGCAGCAUCCAAUGCAGCCAUGAACAAGUACUACCUGCAGGACAUCAGCACUCUCAUCGACUGCUGUGAUUUGGGUUUCCACCUGUCCGUGGAGAGGGUGAUGAAGUGCUACCUGGCCAGUAGGUGGCGCAUCCAGAAGACGGAGGAAACGGGGCUGAAGCAGCUGGAGGCCGCCGUGACGUCCCUGGACCAGGGUGGAGACAGAGAUGGGUUGCUACAGCAACACGACUCUGCCUUCUGCCUUCCAUUCAAAUUCAACUACCAUCCACAUGAGGGAGACCAGGUGUGCGAGGUCAGUGCGGAGAGCCAGGUGAGGUACGAGCUAGAGACCAGGUUCCAGCAGCUUCAAUCUCGACUCGCUGCUGUUACCUUGGAAACAGAGGAGGUUAGUAAAACACUUAAAGCCACCCUCACAGCCCUACUGGACAACAUGUGUGAGAGCGACUGUAACCCCUCCCCCGAUGUGCUCAGCACCCUAACACACGAGCCCCCUGGAGGAAACACCGCCCAAAAGCUGACCAUUGCCAAGCGUCGAGCCAAUCAGCAGGAGACAGAGACCUACUAUUUUACAAAAGUGAAGGACUUCCUCAUCAGCAGUUCUCUUACCUUCAAACUCCAAGCCAAACAUGACCUUCUACAUGAUGCCAUACAGAAAGCGGAGGCUGUUGACAGUGACCCUUCCAGAACGCAAUGUGCUCGGUCUGUGCGUGUUCGGAAGUCCAGGCCUGUUUCCCAAUUCUGCCACACACUCUUCACCACAGACAUAGUCACCUACAUACAGAGCUCGGGGCAGCAGAUCCCUGUGGUGGUUGAGAGCUGUAUUCGUUUCAUAAACCUUCACGGCCUCCACCAUGAAGGGAUAUUCAGAGUUCCUGGGUCACAGAGGGAAGUUAACCACAUCAGAGAUGCGUUUGAAAGAGGAGAGGAUCCUCUGUCGGACAGUGAGUGUGACCUGGACUCAGUUGCUGGUGUGUUGAAGCUUUACUUCAGAAACCUUGAGCCUCCUCUCUUCCCGUACGACAGCUACCCUCAGCUGCUGGAGUGUGUCCAAAUCGAAGGGGUCACGGAGAGAGCGACCCAGAUUAAAGUGAUUAUCUCCACGUUCCCACGACCUCUCCUCGUCGUGAUGCGCUACCUUUUCGCUUUCCUCAAUCAUGUGUCUCAGUACAGCGAUGAGAACAUGAUGCAGCCCUAUAACCUGGCCGUGUGUUUCGGGCCGAGCCUGCUGAGGGGAUUGGAUUCUGAUGAUGCUGUUGCUAGGCAGCCACAGAUCAAUGAUCUCGUCAAAACCAUGAUCCUCGAACAUGACAUCAUCUAUUCCGGCCAAUCAGAACUGCCGGGCCCCGUCUACGAGAAGCACAUGACUCUGGAGCAGGAGUACUGCGAACCAAUCACAGAAGAGGGAGACGGGGAGACCGAGCAUCUGCCAAGUGAAGAAGAAUGGGAGGCAGUGGCGAUGUUUGACUACGCAGCAAGAUCUCCGGCAGAGCUGUCCUUCAAGCAGGGAGAGCUGAUCAUCCUGCAGAGCAAGGCCUCCUGUGAUUGGUGGAGAGGCGAAGUGGGAGGGGUUAAGGGUCUCAUCCCUCACAAGUACAUCAGUGUGUUGGAUGGGUCAGAGCGGAAAAGAGAGGAGGGGGGAGGAGGGGGAGGCAGCACUGGAAACCUGACAGCAGAAGAUCUACAGACGGAGAACACAACUCGGAUGCGGGUUAACAGCGACAGUGCUUCGUUGCCCGGGAGACAGAGAGGAAGUGAGGGGAGCCCCAAUCGAAAGCAGCCAACCUCUCCCGCCACACGACACCUGCCAGUGUCUCAGGAGCGCAGACACACUUUGGACACUGUGAGACAGGGCAGCUUCAGACCACCAGAUAGACCUCCAUUUGUUCAGGCAGACAGACCACCAGUGGACAAGGACAUGAUCAGCCGUCAGAUGAACUCGGUGUUCAAGGAGCUCCUGUCUCGCCAGCCAACCCUGCCGCCGUCAACCCUUCCCCCCACUGCUCCCUCCUCCUCCUCCACCUCCUCCUCCUCCUCCUCCUCUGUUCCUCAAGCUGCACCCACUGCCAAAAAAGUUGGAUUCGGCCUCAGAGGAAGGACCCUUUUCAGACCGGUGGACUAAAAGAAAGGAGAGGAUGAGUGGAAUUGUUGAUUUGUUGUUUAACGAUGAUUAUGCUGAUGCCGACGAUGCAUUAAGUGAAGAUAUUGAUUUAUUUUUUUGACACAUGUAUAAUAUUUGCCAUCUCAUUGUGCCACUAGUCUCGGUGCCGUGUAACUGUACUGUACUGUGUGUCUGUUUUAAAGCUGGUUUUGGUAUUUUUAUUUUCUUUGGGUCUGUUUGAGUCCCCCAGGCUUUUGUACCUUUUGGGGAAUCAGGGAUGUGACAUCACCAGACUGACUUUUAAGAGUGGCUGCCAUGAUACUUUAAAAAAUAUAUUUAGGCUGCCCCUUAGUGGCAGCUCUGAUGUUUGCUUCAUUUAAAAAAGAAAACUGAUCCGGGGCCAGAGUGCCUUCAAAUCUUUUACUCUUCACAUUUAUUUCACUUGAAAAGAACCCCAAGGUGUUCAAUAUUAAUUAAGACGUUAUUAAAUCAAAUCAAGCACACGUUACAAGAUGGAAACAAAGAUGUGUGAAUUACUUGAAGAAAUAGUUUAAACUCAACUGCUUAUUUUGAGGUGUUUUCUCAUCAUUCAUUUUUAUGAUAAUAUCAUUUCAUUGGAUAUUAUCCAUUCAAGUUAUGUUUAUUUAUGUCCAAUAGUGUAGUUUUACUUUUCCAGAUAACACUUUGAUUUCGUGUCAAGUUUUAUUUCAUGACAUUUUUCUUUAUGAACGUUUUUAUCUAUGUCACUUUUCAUGACAGGAGUGCAUUCACCACCCUCCCACCUUUCAACCAAUCGCAUGUUCCCUGCUUUUUAAAUAUCCCAUAUUGUAAAAAAUGUGGGUUUUCAUAUCUUUUUUUUAAUUUUUCAAAUAGGUCAGGUGCCACAAAAAUACUGUGAAGAGUCAACCCAUGGAAGAACGCACACAGCCCGCUUUUAAAAACUGUGCCUUUAAACGAGCUGUCAUUCCCUGGCUGCAAUUACAAUGCAGAGACACAGAAAGCACAUGAGACUCGGAAACACUGACCAAUCAGAGCAGCCUGGGCUUUUUUAGGGUUAAUAAAUCAAGCGUAUUAGACGGGGGAAAUAUAAAUAUAUAUUUUUGAAAACUUUAGCAUGUGAACAUGUUCUAGAAGAAACCCAAAAUACAAGUAUCAGUCCGAAAAUGGGGAUAAUAUUUGUCCUUUAAGAUAGCUAAUUGAGAACACCACAUUUAGCCAGUUAGCAACCUGUUAGCUCGAUCAAAAACAAUGGCAAUUUAACUCUAAACUUUAAAAAUAGAGGCCCCUGCUUCAAAUAGAGGCCCCUGUUUUAAACAGAUACAGUAAAAACAGACGGUUAUUUUGAUAUUGUCUAAGUCUUAGCUUAAUGCUACCUCCUUAGCCAGCUAUCUAGCUAGUGGAGCACGCGAGCAUCCUCAUCUAGGUUCAGAGAGACACCAUUUAAAAGUUAAAUGAAAUAAAUAGUGACAUGACUAAAAAGACAGAUGUACAGAGCAGUAUUCGGGCCAGGCAUAGGGGCAAAAGCAAGAGGAUGGAAAUAUUUUUUUAAUUUUGCAUUUCGAGGACAUUGUCAAAAUAUUAAGAGUAAAGUCACACUUAAGGUAUAUUUUCUAACCAGAAUAAAGUUCCAUGUUUAAUUUCAAGGUGUCAACACCAUUCUCUAGAUUUUUGUUUUAUUUAAAACAUGUAUUUUAUUUUAUUUUUAUAAUUUUUUUAUGAAAGGGUAUUCUGACUUUUUGUCUCUAAUUGGUAUUUCAUCUUUGUUAGACACAUUUGAACUUUUCCUUGAAACUUUUUUCGUAAUAUUUUGACCUUAUCCUGAACAAUUUUGAGUUAAUUCUAACAUUUUAACAUUGUUCCUAAAUUACUUUUUAAACUUUGUUCUCCCUAUUUCCCUGACGCCUGGCCAUAAAACUCUACCGCAUCACAGAUGACAAAAUAACAUGUUAUUAUAGUGAAUUAAGUCAAUCAUUAUUUCCCAAACGAUUGUUUUAUUUAUAAAUGUAGGCACAUUUGUGUUGUCUGAAUGAUUUAUUUCAUAAUUAUUUAUCUAUUUAUUCAUUUAAUAUUGAACAUUUUGGGCCCCAAAAGAUGUUGGAAAGACUUUAGACAGUAGGGCCGGUCAUACUUUAAUGCAGCAUGCAGCGUAAGCACACACACACACACACACACACACACACACACACACACACACACACACACACACACACACACACACACACACACACACACACACACACACACCACACACACACACACACACACACACACACACACACACACACACACACACACACACACACACAUACACACACACACACACACACACACACACACACACACACACACACACACACACACAAACAAACAGACACACAUUCCCCUUCAUAUGUGAUAAAUGGCCUGAAAGGCAGGCUAAACUCAGGGCUUCUGCAGAGUUAGAGCCAAGCUAACUCAGGUUUGGCUUCAAUGGAAUAAGUUAGAAUUGCUCACUCAGGGUUGAGGUUGUCUUGCUCUUCAACUGGAAACUGUGCCCUAGCCUCAAGAGCCAAAAUGGUCCCCAUAUCAGAGAGACUUUCUCUGGUUUAAACUGUGAAUGCAAUGGCUACAUUUUGGAGCCACAAUCAAAACUCUUUCUCUCAUUCAUCCACACAUUUUGGCCCCCCUUUGACUAUCCAACACCAUCUAUAGGUUCCAUUGUUUAAGGUUUUUUGCAAGUGUAAAAUGACUCCAAAAGCGUUUGAAAUGUUCUUACGUUAUCGAAUCUCCCCUCUGUUGUGUUUCAGUAUUGGAAACAUUAAAGGAGAAUUAUCUUUUGAUUGAUUCUGCCUCUAUGAUUAAAACACCCUGUUAUUCACUGUUUGAUGAUGUCACAAAAUGUACUGUGUCCAAAUGUAUAUGUGGUAUUAAAAAAAGAAAGAAGAAGAACUCAAUAAAGUGAUGAAUGAUUAAAAGGUU